AUGUCGCCACCGUGCCCCCGAUUCCACUCCUUAGUUCUCCUUCUGUCUAUCGUUCUACAGUGCAUACUAUCCGUCUGCGGGGGAAUACGGACGAUCGACGACACGUACGGCGACUCCGUGACAGGAGCGACACCAGUGUACUCGAACGAGGACUGCUGGAACGAAGGCCCAGGUUGUUCGGCGUGCACGUUCCAGCCGAAUACGUCGGAGGCGCAUAACGGCACUUGGCACGACACGACGUCAAAUGUAUGCAACAACCAGGAUGUCAGCAGCCCCUCGACCCAUAGCGUCAACUUCAGCUUCACCGGGACUGCUCUUACAGUAUACUGUAUCAUGGUCUCUCAAGGCCCGGUAGCGUGGUUGACCAACCUGAGCUUCACUCUCGAUGGCGAGAUCAGCAACACGGCGUUCUCACCAAGUCCGGUAGCGAGCACAUAUGGCUUCCAGUACAACGUCAACGUAUUCAGCAAAUCGGCAUUGAGCAACGAACAGCACACGUUCGCGAUGUCAGCUAUAGCAGGAUCGUCCGCAUCGGUCUUGCUCUUUGACUAUGCUGAGUACACGUACGUCUCAUUAUCAGUCACUCCCUGUAUGCUGGGUUGCUGA